AGUACGUUUUGUCUUUUAUUUAAAAGCUUAGCUGAACGCCCUGAGACUGUCCCUAUGAUGGAAAACUUUCAACAGUUGGAAAUCUUGGAAACAGGUUUCCAGAUAGUUCAUGCCACAUACUCUCCGUGUGCAAAGGCCUCCAGAUAGCCUAUGCCACAUACUCUCCAAUGGUCACAAUCUUAGCAAAAGCUUCAAGAGGUUUCAAAUGAAAUCAUAUCAGGAAGCAAGAUCUUCUGGUUUAUUUGUUCAUGCCAGUAUUCAUGAAAUAUUAUCUUUAUAUCACACAAUAUUGUUGCGAAAAGACCAGCAUAACCAAGCGAUGUCAAACUUAACUGGACUCGAAAAUAUUCAAGAAUUUCAUACGGAACUCUUAAAUAAAUAUGUUAACCAAGAUAUAAUGAUAUAAAAGAAUCUAUUCAUUGAACUAAUCAACAUCUUCAAA